AUGGGCUACAAAAAGUACUUGUGAGUCUGUUCAGCUGCACAAUCAUCAGCAAACCACAAAGGAAAAGCAUUUUCCCAACCCUGAUAAACAAAAAGAAAACACCACGAGCAUGUGUAGUUUCACAUUUUAAACUCACUUAACUUGUCCUUGUUUUUGCUCACUUCCUACCUUAGGCUGUUCACCAACUCUCAGCCUAACCUACGUCAUAAUGGCUGUUGUGAAGAUACAGAAGAAGGUGUAAUACAGCUGCAAAAGGGAAUUUAGUGCUUGCAUCAUUUAUUUUGUUUACAUAUUUAUAAACCAUACUUUCCUAUGAAAGAUCACAAGGUGGCGUUUUGAGUUUGCUCCCAGGUUGGUGGGGGACUGUGGAGAGCAGAGGGAACUGCUUUCAUGAGUCGCUUUGGGCAGGGGUUGGCUGCGCUGCCAAGUUCUCCAUGGGGAACUUAUUAGCACAGCUGAACCCGACAGAAUCACUCUCAUUGCCAGUGACAAGCCGCCUCCCUUGCUGGGGCACUUUAAGGCUCCUGAUUGUGCAAAGGCAGCUGUGUUUCUACCAGCCCCCCUCUUCAUGUUGCAGGUGUGGGGCAGGUGGGCACGGUUUUGGGAAAAUGGCUUUGUGCCCCAAACUGGAACCCAUGCCGAGCCAAAUUAGUCCUGCAGGUCAGAGGUUUCCCACCCCUGAGCUGAGUGAGCCUAGUGCAUCUCUGCUUUCCAGCCCCUCAAAACUUUUCGCAGCUCACUGCUUGGUUCCUUUAAUGCCGCCUUAGCUCACAAGUAAACUCUGGUUCUGUACUGGAUGACAGGUCAAGGGCAAUAAAGUAUAACUGAUGUGCUCCUCCUAGGCUCUAAUUACAGUAUGCUCUGGAUCCUGCAGCCACCAAAAAGUACCCUCUUCACACAACAGUCCAUUAUGGCAUAACCUGGCCAACCACUUGUUUGUCUUCCCCUAAUUUUGAAAUCCAGGUGUCCAGAAGGAGAAAAAUCUCUGUCUUCCCUUGCAACAGGAAAUGCUGUUGAUGAGCCACCUUUUAAAGGUUUCUUCCAUUUGAUUUCUCCAGUACCCCUGGGCUAUGGGAAAGCCACCACAAGUGGACAUUUAUUUCCCAGUGUUACCUAGUUGCAUGUAAAUGCACUUGCAAUACGUGUGUGCCCAUUUGAGGGUAGUGUAAGUGCCCCAAGACACUUCUGAACCAUCCAUCGCUGGUGUACUAAUGGAAGUAGUGGCAGAUCCGCAUCUGGCAAGGAUGGGCGUAGCCAGGACUUUUGCUGGGGGAGGGGGGCGAAAAACCGAAGUAAUUGGUCAGUUAGUUAAGUAUUUCUAUUGUUUUAUUUGAUCUGGGGGGCAUAGCUGCACCCCCUUGGCUACGCCCAUGCUGACAAGCACAUUUAAAAACCUGGUUCUACACAUGCCACCGAAUAUGGCAAAUUUUGUGCAUUGCAGGGGGUUGGACUGGAUGACCCUCGGGAUCCCUUCGUUACGAUUCUAUGCAUUCCAUCACUCCGGACUGCCGGUAGGUAGGUGCAGAAUCACAUCUCUGAAUCUCCUCCACGCUCAACUCGCUGACAGUGAACACAGCGGCUGGAGGCGGCCUUCCCUCGGUCGCGAAACAGGGAAACUCCGCCACCGAUUGGCUCCCUCCCCAGCCCGGAAGGAAAGGCAAGCGGCCGCCCCAGCCGUAGAGCGCAGGGGGAAGAGGCCUGGUGCACGGGGAGGGCGAAGGGCGCGCCUCUCCGCGGCCAAAGGGUCCUAGAGGUCGCCAUUGCGUCUUUACGCGCGGCGCCCCUUCUUCUCUCCAAGGGUCGGGCGGGCGGCGAGUAAGGGGAAAGCGCUGGUAUCUCAAGCCCCCCCCCCUCCAUUAUGUCUUCACUUGCUGGAGGGAUCGCCAGCCAACGGAGCAGGGGAUCUUGCUCCUCCCCUCCUCGUCUCUGACUUGAGCUUUUGGCAACCUCGCCUGCUCUUCCUGGAACCAGUUUGUUCUGUCGCGGCUGGUAGGUGACGGGAGUGGCCAUGGCGGGGGAAAGGCAACCAGCCUUGUGGACGCACAGCUCCCGCUCCUCUGCAGGCGCUCGUUAUAAGGAGGCGCCCCGCUUGCUCUCUAUUGGCUCCGGUUUCCCUGCUUCUGCGUCUUCUUCGGAAGGCGUUUCCCCUUCCUGCCCUCGCAGCGUCUCCUGUUGACGUUGGCCAAAGACGCUCAGGUGGCGCAGGGAGGCGGCGGGUCGGUUCCCCCGCGGCUCUUCUGCGCCAAGGGAAACCUGGGUUCUCUCGCAUGGCUUGAGGCGCAGGAGAGAGGGUGUGCGUGUACGUUGCAUCGUCUCUCUGGUCCCUCAGGCCUUCACUUUGUGACUGCUUCUGUGGGACAAAGCCACCCAAGUCACAAGGCGAACCCCCUGACAUGUACUCAUAUAGCAGAUAAUAUGGUUUAGGAUUCCCACCUAAUCCAGCCGUUCAUUGCUGGUUUUAAUUAGCAAUGGAAAUUUGACUUGAAAUUUAAGUGAGAAAUGUCUGUUCUAUGAGGGAAAGAAGAAUGGCUCUACUUCCGGGAAAGAACACCUGCCUGCUCCUCAUUUUGCUUGCCCCGGUGCCCCUUUUUUGACAUUUGGAUAGUCAGCCUUAGUUAAAGCCUCACCUAUUUCGUUGUGUCAUUCUCUCCAUGCAAUUGUCUCUGGGUUUGAAUAUGACGACCAGAUCUUCCCUCACAGGGAGUUGGCUCCUGAUAUUGAAGGUAGUACAUGAACUUUCAUGAGGGUGUUUUCCAUGGGACACAAGUGCAUUGUUAAUGAAUCUGUCCUGGACAGGAUAGUGCCCAAGCUUUUGACUUCUCAGGCUAGAUUAACCUGGUGCCCUGUAGAUUUGGACUGUAACUCCCAUCAGUCCCAGCUACCACAGCUGUGCUGGCAGUGUUGCGGAUGGGAAUUGUAGUCCAGAACUUAUGGAGGGCACCAGGUUGGAGGAGGCUGGGCUAGAUGGUAAACAAAGCAGGGGGUUAGCUGCUAGUAUACUACUUCGUGCUUAUAAAGCACUUCAGAGAGCUCGGGGCAUUUUACUUGGAAUCUCUCAAUAAUCCUUACAACAACUCUGCCAGGUAGAUCAAUAUUACUAUCUCCAUCUUGCAGGUGGAGAAUAGGGGGUGAAGAUGAGAGAUUGUGGCUUGCAUAAAGACACCUAGUGAUUUAGUGAUGGAGGUGAUGUUUGGAAACUUUGAAAGGGAAGCCAAAUCGGAGAGUUAAGGGAAGGGGUUGACUGUUGGCCUGAGGGAAGGAGUUUGCUGCUGACACUGAACAGAGAACAAGGUAAAAAGGGUGGACAGAGGGCCAUGGGCUACGGAUGCCAAGGAAGCUAUGUGUGUGCUGAAUUUCAUGUGGUGGGUUGUAUUCAACUAUCUUUUAUUCAGAGUAGGCGUCUUUAAAUUAAUGGCUGCAAUUAACUUAGGUCCAGCAAUUUAAGUGAGUACAAGUUAAUUACACUGAGUAAACGGUAGUUGACGGCAACCCAGUGAUUUGAACUAAUCAACCAGAGAAAUGGUCAGCUAAAGAUCAGAAGUGGGACCUGCAUUUACUGCAGUGGGAUAUUACACCCAAAUCAACUUUUUCAACUCUGCAAUCACUUCACUGUAUCUCAAAUUUUGGUUGGAAACCAAGGUGUCACAUAUGGAAAAUAAGUGCCAGUGGCUGUGGUCAGGAUUCUUACAUUGGUUCCAACCCUUGAUGUUCUUAUAGGGACCACAUAUUCUCUCCCACUCUAUGUGUAAAUGGGGUUUACAUGCAAUUCAUGCAAGUUUAAAAAAUGGGGUGGAUGUAUUAUAUAAGUCCUACUCAUACAGGUGUGUCCUGUUGGGAGAAAAGAGUGCAAGGCUCACUCCCACACAUUGUCGUGUACUAACUGCUUACCUGAACAAUGGGUGAUGUAGCUCAUGGAUGUAAAGAUUCUGUGUGACCCAUUGGCUUGGUUUGGACUAUUUUUCUGGGUUUCCCAAAAUGUGGUUCGGCCCAAAGUGGGGGAAGUCUGUCUUAAUAGUUUGUGAACUUGGGAACUAGCAAUGGGAUAGGGGGAACUGUACUUGUUUUGACCCUCUUUUCCUCUUCAGUGUGGAUUUUUUUUCAUGUUUAAUAGUGUGUCUGUUCAGCACUUCAUUUCUGGCUUUUACUAAGCCUGAGUUCCCUAUUAUAUCUGGAGAAUUUUGGCUUACUGUCAGAUAUUAUCCUGGUUGCUAACUAACUGACAGAUUUACACAGUUUUGGACCCACAACUCUGGCUUUUUGUAAAUCAGAAAUGAAGCAGAACAGUGGAAAGGGUUUAGGUAUUUGGCCCUGGCUCAUGCUCCUAAUUUAAUAAACCAUAGUUUUUGAAACCUGGAACAAUUAUCUGAACUAGGCCAUUGUCCCCAGCAACAGCUCCCAGCACUUUGGGAGAACAAUGCUGAGGUUUUCCCAGUACCCAGUACUGAGUUCUAGUGAAUACACACCCUUAAAGAGCAUAGUGUCUCAUAGCGUUAUCAUUUGCUAUUGCAUCAUUUAAAAAUAUAUACUCUUGAUUUACAUUUCUAGGUGUAACACGUGAGAGAGAGAGAUGGCUGCUCUUAGUGGCUCAAGAAACUGUCUUUUAACUAGAUUUACAUCUUUGGCCUGUUGGGGAAAGUGCAUUAAUCCUUACAAGUUUUCCAGUGAAGCAUUGAACAGACACCAGCAUCAAGUGACUAAGUGCCAAUCAUGGAACAAAAGUAAAAACAGAAGGUGCUACUUAAUGACUGAAAGUUCCAACACCUACAGUAACCUCAUUAACAAAAGUCAAAUGCGGCUUUUGAACCCUAAGAAUGCAGGAAUUUUCAACGUUGCACACAGCUGUUUGAGGAGGCCUUGUAUUCUCUCUGAGCAAAGGGCAAGAGGACUUGCUUUUCAAAAAUCUCGGCACUUGACUGGUUCUCAGAAUGUCCAGUUUCACAGGCCUUUUCACAGAUCUUCAGCACUGAAGGCGGCUCCCGUUCCAAUCUUGUGGAUUCUAUUGAAGCCAGUUCAGAAACUAUUUGCUGUCAUCCUUGGGAGGUAAACAUUAAUAUUGCUCUGCUACACACUAUAGCAGUAUAGAGUAUACUACAUUGUUGCAAUGUAAAUUUAGAUGCAAGCUUAAUAGGAUACUUUGCAAACUUCACAUGAGACUGUCUGGCAUGCUCCUAAUGUUGGAAAGGAGCCUUGCAAAUACAGUGGUACCUCAGGUUAAGUACUUAAUUCAUUCUGGAGGUCCGUACUUAACCUGAAACUGUUCUUAACCUGAAGCACCACUUUAGCUAAUGGGGCCUGCUGCUGGAGCCCGAUUUCUGUUUUCAUCCUGAAGCAAAGUUCUUAACCUGAAGCACUAUUUCUGGGUUAGCGGAGUCUGUAACUUGAAGCGUAUGUAACCUGAAGCGUAUGUAACCUGAGGUACCACUGUAGAUGGUGAAAGCUCACUUUUUGUGAGAAUGACUGCUGAUUUUGUGUCUCUGCUCCCCUCCUCCUCUCACCUGUUUUAACGCCUGGUGAGGUAGCUUGGAAGAACAUGUGUAACUUGGAUAAAAAUGGGUAAAGUACAUUUCUAUGCUGUUUCCCAAACUCUUCCCCCAAAUACGUGAAUAUUCUACCUCUAUCCUCCAGCAAAGGACGCUAGAAUAGCAUUGUGGUACUUUCUGGUCCCUUGUCCGCCCUCCCAGUACUGAGGGAUAAUGUCUCCUGGCUCUAGGCACUAGGUUGAUAGUACAGUACCACUUUUGAUUCUUGUAAAGAGGAUGGGGCAGGGGCUGUAGGAAGGAGAGAGUGAGUAUUGUCCAUUCUCGGCCUGGAACCAUGAUAAAUCGCACCUCUGUUUCUGUGCUUUCCCAUGAAAGCAGCCCCUGCUUUGGGGAUAUGUUUUGGUUUUUAUUGAUUUUCAUUUACCUUAGCCAAGUUUUAAUUACUUGAAAGGCCAACUGCUUCCUUGAUUUGAAAUCUGCGAAGCUCUGAAACACCUCUGAAAUGGAGUAUGCAACUCUGUUCAUCACUUUGGUGGGCAGGUGGGAAUGAAGCAGAAGAAAUAAACAUGCUUUAAAUAUGCUUAGUUUGAAAUGGCAUCAACUUGGUGGCUUAGGAGCAGAGUGUUCUUCCUGUGCUUUUAGUUCUAUACUGUCUGAGCAGUGCCUUUUUCUCCUAAAUGCCACCAGCAGUUAGGCACUUUAUUAUCCUUUAAAAACAUUUCCUCUUUAUAAUAAAAUAAAAUUUAGAAUGUUUUUAACUGUGUUGCCAAGACACACCUUGUUGUGUAAUUUCCACCAAGGAAGUAGUUGCGUCUCUCAAGUUUUUAACAGUGACUCAGCGCAGUGAGUUUCGUUCCUAGCUUGCAGACCAAUCGGUUAACGAAAUUUGGAUCUUGGUAAUGCACUUCUAAUAUUAGGAGCACAUCCUCAUCUCUAGUCACCUUUUAAAAGGUAAUUUGGCUACUAAUCUCCAAUCUAGAUAUCAUGUGCACAUCAGAGGGCUGCUGCAGCACUGUCCCCAUGCAUGUACUAUCCUGCUGAGGAAGCCACACCUUUGCAAACUUCCUGGGAAAGGAGUGGAAGGUUCUCAGAAUCUGGGGCACUGCAUAUAUAGGCCUGCGUCGCACUUGGAUUUAUGAGCGGUGGUAAGGGCAUGUGUCUGAUGCUUCACCUUGUAAGCUGUUUUUCUGGAUUGGAGGUUGAGUAAUUUGGGCUUAAGAAUAGGUCAGUCACAAAGCAUGCAUCUAGUUUUCUAGUACAGUGGUACCUCUGGUUACGAACUUAAUUGGUUCUUAACCUGAGGUACCACUUUAGCUAAUGGGGCCUCCCGCUGCUGCCGCGCUGCCAAUGCGCGAUUUCUAUUCUCAUCCUGGGGCAAAGUUCUUAACCCAAGGUACUACUUCCGGGUUAGCGGAGUCUGUAACCUGAAGUGUUUGUAACCCGAGGUGUUUGUAACGCGAUGUACCACUGUAUAUAUAUAGUUCGUGAUCCAGAAAGUUGAGGCUUGCGGUAGUGCAGUAGAAUUUUUGACUUUGAAGAGCUGACUCCUUUACUUCCCCAUGCCACGUAACAAAUCGCUUUUGAAAAUUAUCCUCAGUUUUGGAAGUCCUCAGGUUUGCCUUGAGGCAUAGAGGGAGGACUUCUGUUUGAGGAAAACAAGUAUAAAAUCCCUCUUGGAGCUGCUUUUACAGUGCUCUGGAUUCUGGCCAUAAACUUUACAUAUUCACUGCGCAGGCCAAAACAGCAAAUGAUGCUCCACUUGUGCUUUUGCAAUAUGGAUGUUCUGUUGCUGCUCAAGGAACCAUCUAUUAAAUUUAAAUUGUAUAUACAAGUUGGACCCUGUGGAAAACCAUCGUGGUAUAUGUGGUAAAUCCCAUCCCUUAUUAAACCUUUUCUUUGUUAUUAAAUGAACACAUUUUUCUUACUGUAAAUAAGGUGUCUCAGUGUUAUGAAACUUGGUUCGUAUUCUUAUUAUUCUCCAGAGCAGAAUGUUGUUUUUUAAAAUAGAAUAUAAUAGUUAAUGUUUUCUCAGCCUUUAAAUAUGCAUUAGAUUUUUGUUUUGGCUUUCCUUUUCCAUUCUCAAAGGCUUCAUUGUAGCCAGAUUUUAGAUCUGUAGAAAUUAACUUUAAAAAAAAAGUUUAGAAGGAGAAUAGCAUUAGAUUAUUUAAACUGCUGUUUGGUUCCUCAAAUUUCAAUUGAGCUAUCUCCCACUUUUCUUUUGUAUACAGUGCAACCUCAGGUUAUGUACCGUCCUGCUUACGAACGCUUCAGGUAAUGAGCUCUGCUAACCCGGAAGUAGGGGCUCCUGGUAGCGAACUUUGCCCUGGGAUGCGAAUGGAAGUCGCGUGGUGGCGGCAUGGCGCAAGCGGGAGGCCCCAUUAGCAAAAGUGUGCCUCAGGUUAAGAACGGUUUCUGGUUAAGAACGGACCUCCGGAACAAAUUAAGUUAGUAACUGGAGGUACGACUGUAAUAUCUUGCCUGGCAUUAUAUUACCUCACUUUUGCUUCCUCUUCAUUUGAAAUGGAAGUUCUUUCUGUACAAACAUGUGCAUGCUACGUAGGUACUGCCCCAUCUCUCCCUAUUCAUUUAUUUGUUCUUGAAAUCCAUCUUCUUUUUAAACUCACCUUCUCAGCCUAUGACUCGCCUUAACCUGGACACCUUAAAAGCUGCCUGAUCCACCUAUGGGUUUAAUAUGUACAGAAGCAAGACUUUAUGUAGAUCCCUAGCUUUGUGGGCAACUGUAUGCAUAAAUGGGUCCUGGGUUCCUGUCCAGCUGUGGAUAUGUGCACAUAACCUUUUAAUUACCAAAUAUGAUGCUGCCCAUUUAUUUGAUGAGAGUGAUGGUGGUUCCACACUCUCUGUUUGCCAUAUCUUCCUCCUGUUCACUUCCCAUUCAGCUUUCCUUCUUCCCUACACCAGCUCUCUCCCUCACCCCUCCUUGUUGUGCUUAUGCACAGCCCUCAGCUGCCUUUCCUCAUCUCUCAGACUCCUCAUAACGCACAGCUAACCAAUCUCCUUUGUUUGGGAGGCCCCACACUCUCUAGGUGUCAGAGACCAAGCUGAGGAGUACUGCUCUGGUGAGGAGUGGUGGGACCCUGCCCCUGCUCCUGGUCAGGAUCCUGAAGCUGCCCUGGAGCAGUAAAGAUUUGGAACAGUGGUUUGCAGAGGGGCAUAGUUCUGACGACAAAAGUUGGGAAGAACUGGGGGGUGAACAGCAAAGCUCUCUCACUGGAAACUAUUCAGCAUCUCAGUCCAAGGUCACGUAGAGCAGAUAAGAUGGCUACACGAAAAGCAUGGUGGUUGCAAGAUGGAAGUGAGUGGGGGGAAGCCUUAAUUGGGAACACCUUCCAUUCUGAUAAUGAAUGCUUUGUUCUUUUGCUGUGAUCAUUAAAGACUCUUUAAAUGGUAAGGGACUCUUUGCUUUGUCCUGCUUAUCUACGGGCAAAGGGGGGGAGGAAGCCAAGUCCCCGGAGCCUGGCACCGGGUUAACCAGAAAACCUCCCUAAUUCUCCAUUUCUCUCAUGUGUACAAGAAUGUGCAGCAUAUCCGUUUUACUCUUGUAGAGUGAGGUAUCAAAGUGAACAUUGUUGCAGCCUCAUAGCUUGUUGUAUCAGUGUCACAUUAAACCAUAGCUAAAGACAACUAACAAUGUUAACUAUGGUUUAAUGUGAGCACUCCGCAUGUUAGUAUAUGCCACUGAAAAGGUUUUGCUCUGCUCUUUUUCUGUUUCUGCUGCUGCUAAGCUUACAGGAAAGAGAGCCUGGCUUGUUGUUAUGUCCAAACCCAGGCCUAUGGUUUCUUUCUUUCCAAAUAAACCAUGUGGCAAUCAAGGUUUGUUCUUGGCCUACCACUUGUGGUUGACACACCAUGAGCCUCAGGUUGGGCACUCAAAACAAGCCAGACCAUGGUUUGUUUCCUGGUGGCACAGCAGGCGAAAGAACUUUGGGGCAUCAUGCACUAGCACACUAUUUGUUUGCAUUAAGCAGAGAAGCUUGCCUUUAACUCAACCAAUUAACUGAAUGUGAUGCUAGCCUCUUCGGAAUGCAUCCUGUGGCUUCAGCAUGGCAAGUAUGGUUUUUAAAACUGGUGAUUUUGUACUCUCCUGUUCUACACGCAGGGUGCUGGUAGCAUGGCUAUACAUGCAAGCCUGCCAGGUAGGAAGAACACAUUCACUUCUGCUGUUAAGUUUUGACAUUUAUAACACAUGCUGGUAGCACUGAUGAGGGUGCAGCAGUCGGGGACACUUGCGAUUCGCUCUGGCUUCCUCGAACUUUGCUAUAUUUGUGCCUUACAGGAGCAUAAGAAAAUGGUGGAGGGCACUUCCUCCAAACAAGAAGGAGCUGUUUAAAGAAGCUGCAAGAAGAAAUAAAUGGAAGAUAGCCCUGGGCCUGUGUACUUUAGGACUUGUGUUUAUCCUGUUUUAUUUUACUCACUUGGAAGAGACACCAAUCACUGGACGUUCUCGGCUUCUGGUGUUUCGGAAAGACCAUUUUGCUGAAUUGUCCCAGAUGGAGUAUGCCAUGGUGGGUAGCUGUUCAAAAAAGCAAACAAUAAUAAUAAUAAUUCCCCUGCCCCACUUCUCAGUAACUGAGAUGACUCACAGUAACAGUUCAGGGUCUCCAGCUCUACUACUUGAGACCCUUAUUAAUGCACAAUGCUGGUGAUUGAAGAUGGGAACUUAUAUAUAGCAUAUAUCCUGUUUUCUGGCCUUCCCACAUAGCUGAGGGAAUUUUUCUUCCAUUUAAGGAGUGUUGGCAGUGCAAGGAUUGAGAAUAUCUGUUUUACUGCUUAUUACAUGAGGAAGAUGAAUAUUGCUUGUUAGUAAAUAAUAUAUGUAUAUAUAUAUAUAAUUGCUGAUGUAUUCCAUGUCAUUAGGUCACCUUUCCUGAGUUAAAUAUUUUGCUUGAGCACAUCUUUAAAUUUUAUUCCCUAAAUGGAUAUCGUACAGCAGGGCAUGUCAUUUUAGGGGGUGAAAUUUAAUUUUUGCAAAUUUCUUCCAUGAGGGGGUCUUAAAAAUAUGUUUUGGGUGCGAGGGAUUCAAAUCUGCUGUUAUAUUUGCAAUUGGACAACAUUUAGCUUGCUAAGACUACGUUUACUUAAGAAGCAAAUAAACUGCUUUUGGAAAGCCAAAGAAUUUUAAUUUUGCCUUCUGAAAGUGUCAGGUAAAAUCAUAAAUAUACAUAAUAUAAGUAAACAAGAAUAAUAUUAAAAUAUAAGUACUUGGCAGUCAUUUUAAAAUUAUUUCUAUGCAAUUUUACACACAUUUUAUUUACCAAACAAAAUUAGAUUAAUGUAACCAAAAUAUCUUUUGAAUUCGCAAGUCAUUCUACAACUUUUUAGCACCCUUCAUUUUGGGAAUUUGGGAGUUGAAAAAUUCACCAUACCCUAAUAGUAUGGUGUAUGUCUCCUCCCUGCUCUGAAUUAGAUUGCGUCAUAUGUUUUUUUUACUUAUACUGACCUCUCUUCCAUGGAUAUUCAUGCAUAUUGUAUCUCUUAAUUGCAAUUUUACUUGCCUUGAAUCGGUCAGUAUGCUGCAUCUUCUUUUUCUUCCAGUGGGUCGAAGAAUUUAAAAGCAGAAUGUUGCCUGAAACAGACCCCCGUUACCAGGAGGUCAAAAAAGUCUUUUUGCAUUUGGUUGACAGCAACAAGGAUUUUCCAGGACUCUCUGAUUUCAAGUGGACUAUCCAUGUGGUGGAGGGACCAGAUGUUAAUGCUGUUGUGCUUCCAGUAAGUAAAAAUCGAACACCAAGAGAUGUAAUAAUUCAGAAAGAAGCUACUGACAGCGCAGUCCUGUUGUCCUUGGGAGGACGUCUCAGAGGCCGAAGGAUUUUGUGCAUCUCCCUCUUGGCGGUGAGGGGGCGGGGUCUUAGCUGAGAGGCAGAGCAUCUUCCUUGCUCUUCCAGAUUCAGUCCCUGGCUUCUGCACGCGGGUCUUGGAAUGUCACCAAAUCUGAAUCCCUCAGGAGCCUCUGCCAGUCAGUGCAGACAGUACUGGGCCUGACUUGGUACCGCUGUCCUUCCUCUGCCCUUAUUGCUUUCACAGUAGAGAGGGCAAAAAGGUGUUGGGGAGAAGAGGAGCUUCUGGGAUCCAGCCUCCCCCAAUACACGGGUUGAGAGAAAACAUGUCCUGAAGUUUGCGUGCUGAUUUUCUCUCCUUUUCUGACCAAUGUGCAGGAAAGUCUCCCUUCCUCACCUCGCCCCCCAAAAGAAGUGUGCUGACGAAAAGGAGGAAUAAAGAAGAAACACAACUUCUCUUUUCCCCUCUAUUCUGUCUCCCACCCCCACCCCCCAUUUUUCUGCUCUGCUGGUGCUGGCCUGACCAAGCUGUGGGUUCACCCCCACCCCCACUUUGGAUUGCUCUGUGAAACAAUUUGUUUGCAGUGUUAUUUUUCCUUUCUUUGCCUGCAGAAUGGACAACUGUUUGUUUUCACUGGUAUGCUGUCUGCUGUGUCAGAUAUCAAUGAGCUGUCUUUCAUUUUGGGACAUGAACUUGCCCAUGCUGUUCUGGGACACGGGGUAUGUAUCCUGUUUUAAAUACUGACAUUGCCAAAGCCCUCUGAAACUAAACACAUGCUUGUAGUCAUAGGUGACCAAUGUGGAGACCACCAUAUUUGACUGGAAUUAUUCAGCGAUGCUCACAGCCUGCCUCUUAGGGCUAGUAAUCUUUGCUCCAAACUCCUCAUCUGUGGUGUUAAUUGAACUGACAUAGUCAGAAGUUAGGGGUGUGUCAUACAACUGAAUAAUUCUUUAUAGGCCUUCCUUACCCAGGGUUGGUGCUUUCCAGAAUCCAGUGUUUCUUCUGUCAACAUUGUGGUUUCACACAGUGUUUCUCCAAGUUGGAUCUCCACCUGUUGUUGGACUACAACUCCCAUAAUCCUUAGCUAGCAGGAUGUGAUGGGAGUUGUAGUCCAACAUCAGCUGGUAAACCAAGUUGGAGAAGUAACAGCAACUUCACGUUUUGUAAAAGGGGUCGGUAGACAGCGCAUCGUUUUGAAUACAGAAAACCUUAAAUAUCCAUGCGCAAGAUUAGGACAUAAGUAGGUGGUUUUAAAAUACCGUUUUCCUUGUUUUAAGGCAGAGAAGGCGAGCCUGAUGCAUUUCGUGGAUUUCGUGCUCCUCAUUCUUCUCAUAAUGAUUUGGGCUGUUUGCCCUGCAGACAGCUUAGCAAUCAUAGGCCACUGGCUCCAAGCUUGGUUUCAAGAGGUAAGAUGAUCAACGUUCUACAGAGCAUUUGUCUAGCUCCUGCAACGGGGGUGUUCUUUGUGGGGGGAGGUCUCUGUAUUACAGGACACAAUGCUUCAUUUAAUAGACUGUGGACCUGAUCUAGCAGUAAACUUACGGUCUUAAGUCAGCUUGCGUGUUGGAUCUAAGAAGGGGAAAGUAACUGCAGUUCAGCCUGGGUGAGUAGCUAACUACAAGCCCGGGCUUGCCUUUUCGCCAUGGGAAGCAGGUCUUGAUCUCACUGUUUUAAAAAUAAGACGGAGUCGCAACAAAAGUAGGUCAUUUUGUGGGUGUAUUAUGCAUACUGUCAUAGGUGUGGUUUGUUUGUUUGUUUGUUUUUAAAAAACACCAUUGGAUUGAUUCACGAAAGACACAUAUAUUGCCUUCUAGUUUGUAAACUUCAGACUGUUGUGAGCUGGGAGUCAACGCUAGGAAAUGGAAGUACUUUGUUAUUUCCCUGGCCGCUGCUAUGAGCCAGUAAACAUUUUUCUUAUAAAUUCGUUCUGCUGGCCCUGGACAUACUACUGAGUGGAGCAUACUUACCUAGAAUCAAUAAUUUAAAUUCUACUGUAGCAUUCAUCACCCACAACAUUCAAUCUCUGGAGGAUGGCAUGCAUUUUGCAAUAGAACUUCCUUCUCCUUUUAUGCCUUUGCAUUUUUAAAGGUUAGCUUGAUCACCCGGAAAACGAUUUAAAAUGCAAUAUUGUUCUUCGUACAUCUGUUGAGCCAAUAUUGUGCUAUUUUCAUAUCCUUGGGUGAAAUCCACAGAUCUCCCCAAGUGAUCCGAGAACCUCGGAUGCCCUGAGAUCCUUCCACUUGGCUUUCUUUCUUUCUUUCUUUCUUUCUUUCUUUCUUUCUUUCUCUUUUGCUCCGUGCUACAAGGCUCAUUAACCAGGAACUGAGAAGAGAAUAAAUGGUCCUGCUCUCCCUGCAAAGUUUCUUAUUACACUUGAACUUCCUGCCAGUCAGGAAUAAAAUCAGAGAUGUAGGAAAAGGCAGUUCAGUAACCUAACCUAAAAUGGCUGAGAGAACUGUCAGGAUGAUCAAUGAUACUUCAGCACCAGGCUUGCUUUAUAGUACACAAGUUGCCAAACCCAGUUCUUCGCUCUCUGUCACAUUUGGCAGUUUCUUUCCCUUCACGUUCCAGAAGUGUAAAAUGCCUGUGGUAGCUCUUUUCUUUUUAAAAAGGGAGGUGCCAGGAAAACUUCUGAGGUUGCAGAAACGUGGUGAUUUUAUUAUUGCUGUUUCUUGGUUUCCACAGCUGUCUGGGCUGGGUAUGUUGCUGCUCCCUCUAGCAAUAUUCCAUAUUAUCCUCUCAAGUCAAUGUUGUAACUUUGUAUUAUCACUCUGACAACCGGAAGUCAAUAAGUCGCAUAAUUAUCGUAUUUUUCGCACCAUAGGGCUCACCGGACCAUAGGGCGCACCUAGUUUUUAGACGGGGAAAUCAAUAAAAAAAAUCUCCCCCUCCCAGCCCCAAAGAGCAGCGUACAGGCUGCGCACAACCUCUCCCUGCCGGAGGGGUUGCGCACGGCUAUGGAACAAGCCAAGGCAGCGAGCGGGAUGGAUCCCGCUGGCUGCUUUGGCUUCCUCUUUAGCCCCGCGCAAUCCCUCCCUGCCAGGAGAGGCUGCGCAGGGCUAAAGAAGCCAUAGCCCCGUGCAGCCUCUCCAUGCCGGAGGGGUUGUGCGUGGCUAUGGCACAAGCCUGCAUUCGCUCCAUAGGACGCACACACAUUUCCCCUCAAUUUUUGGAGGGGGAAAACUGCAUCCAAUGGAGCGAAAAAUACGGUAAAUGUGAUCUCUGGUGACCCACAAGGCACUGAGCAAGACUAUUUUGCGAUACCUCUUUGAAAAGAUUGGCUUCUCAAAUUAAAUUUUUUUAUUUCAUUUGGUAGUGUUCAUAAACCACCUUUCGUUGUGAAAAAUAAGGCGGUUUACAAAAUAAAACCGCUACAGUAAAGUAACAAUAUAACAUAGUUAGUGCCUUGGAAUAACCGUGUGGCCAAGUAGUUUUUUUACCAGCUGGUGAAAAUAUAUUAUUGCAAGAUUAAUACAUGAUUAAUACAAGAUUUGAAAAACCACAUCCUCAGAGUACUGAAUUAAAAAGAUCCCAAUUCCACUAUUGUCAGUGACACUUUGGAAGGGGAGUAAGUUUAUGAAACCUGUGGUCCAUGCAAAUUAUGAGGUAUUUCAAAUACAGUUGGAAAUAUGGUAUCAAUUCAAAUGGACUUUGGUCCAUUACAGAACUAGGGCAAGGGCCCCUGUGGCUGUGCAGGUGGUUCCUGACCACUGGGUAUGCAGACUGGGGCUGAUGGGAGUUGGAGUCUAUCCACAUCUGUAGGCCCCAUGUGCUCCCCAUGCCUAUAGGGUUAAAACAAAACGAAAUUUGGCAGUAUUGUCAAAUAUCGGGCGGAAAAAUCAGGUUUUUUGUUUGUUUGUUUUUAAAAGGAACAAACAUGGAAACUGAAUAAACUCUAUUACAGCUGAGGAGAGUCUUGAGGCUGUAAUAAGGCAUGUCCAUCUUUCAUAUCCACAAUUUACUUUCAGUUGGGCUACUGCACAGAAAACCUGAUAUCCAAGUUUUUUUGCUGUCAUAAUUGCAGUGUGAAGCCUUACAAUGUGUGGGUAAUUUCCCAUGACAUUUUGGGAACUGGGCGGCAGGUAGAUUGGAGCUGGGCAGGGCUUUCCUUGGGGCGAGACGGUGCCUCUUCUACAGUCAUCCUAAGUUGUUACCAUCCGCCCUCAUCACCGCUCUCUCUGACUUCGAUCUCUGUGCUCUGCUGUCACUGCCAGUCGUUGGUUUACACUGUAUUAUAAUUCAUGGAUAUUUGCAUUACAUUUUGCAUUGAAAAGCUUUAAUAUGAGGGGGAAAGCACUCUGCAUAUGCUCCGAGGUGCUUUUUUCCUUAAGACCUCUGCCAUGGAUUUAAAGGUGAACACACAUAUUGCGGUGCUUCAGUGUUUUUUGUAACCUCUGUAAAAUGGGACCAAUGACAGCUAAAUGGUCUAAAUGCAAUAAAGCACAUAGAUGUCUCUUUAUCUGUAUCUGAUGUGUCUGCAGCAUACCUCACUGCUUUUAUUACCCAUCUGGCUGCAUGCAUUUUAGUUUCCUUUUUUCACCUGUGGCUAGCUCUGGCCUCUUGUCAUUAUUUGCCAGGCCAUGCAAAUACUCCCCGCUUAGCUGCACCCACUACUUCAAUCUAUAAAAUGCUGGAGCAUAUCCUAUCAUUCUGUCUACUGUAGACCAGAGAGAGAGAGAGAAAAAAAAGUGAAGAAGCACCGCUGGCAUGCAUGGCUUUUAUUGGAACCAAACUCUAGAAUGCAGCAGGUCCUCAGCCAGGCUGCUAAUGCAACUGCUGAUUUAGCUUCUUCCUAAAUUCACCAGGAAAAAUGUACAUCUACAGCCACUUCUCUAAGCGCUUUGCAGAAAGAGUAGGAGGGGGAGCGCUUCUGCUGAAACUUGUCUGUUUGUUGCAUGUAAGUUAGGAAAAUCCUUACUUUGGUUUCAGAAACUGGCAAGAAGAAAGUUCUGAUGUCUCUUUCCUUUCCCUUCUAGUUGCUGUUCAAUAGGCCAUAUAGCAGAACAUUGGAAGCGGAAGCUGACAAAAUUGGGCUUUGGUUUGCUGCUAAGGUAAUAAUAGCUUUUGGCAACAGGAUAGAAAAUGUUCCUUUGCUUCAUUUUAAGUAGACAGUGUUUUUCACAAAUGGUUUUCUGUGUAUACUUGCAGCACCUUUUAAAUGUAUUUGCUGUUUUUGUGUUUUUAAAUGUUUUUGUGUGUAAACCGCCAUGAGAUGGUUGCUUCGAAUGUGAUUAAUAAAAAUGAUAUUAUGAAUAAUAAUUUGGGAUUUCAGUAUGAGGCUCAUCAAAAUACAAAAAAUCCUUACCAUUUCGUAUGUACAGGAAUGGGAUAACUGUACCACCACUGCCACCUAGCGUUAUUAUUAUUAUUAGAAUUUAUUAUUAGAACACACAAACUACAGUGGUACCUCGGGUUAGGUACUUAAUUCAUUCCGGAGGUCCGUACUUAACCUGAAACUGUUCUUAACCUGAAGCACCACUUUAGUUAAUGGGGCCUCCUGCUGCCGCUGCGCUGCCAGAGCCCGAUUUCUGUUCUCAUCCUGAAGCAAAGUUCUUAACCAAGGUACUAUUUCUGGGUUAGCGGAGUCUGUAACCUGAAGUGUAUGUAACCUGAAGUGUAUGUAACCUGAGGUACCACUGUAGUUAGCUUGACUGCUGGGAGAGAAACAAAGUUAGUGGACCACUUAUUUUCACAGGCAUUUUUGCAAACAGUGCUGUUCACAAGAACUUUUAUUCCUCUGGGUGAAAAUCCAUCAAGCUUCUUUCUAGGGUUGACGAUAUUGCCAAUGCUUAUUGGUUUAUUACAAUUAUUUAUAUUUGGCCUUUGAGGAUACAGAAAAGUAGAAAGCAUUUAUGCCCAAAGGAGAGAAUGAUGCUUCAGCAUGUACUUAAAGGGUGUCUGGAUGAGGGAAAACGGCCUUUAUUAUAUUUAUUUAUUUAUUUGCUUGUUUGCUUUUUCACCUCACUUUUCUCCAUUCUGGAACAAAGGGCAGCUUCAUAUAACAAAUUGUUAAAACCACCCUCUUCAAUGAAAUAUAAAACAUAAAUAACAAAUUACUCCCUUAUAAUAGAUACCACAGUGCAGCUGCUUUAUUAGCCAUAGGCGCUGGCUUCUGACGGCUGAGACACUUCCUCCCCCCCCCCAUGUGUUCUGUGUUUUUGGAGUGGACCAGGAGCCCUCAAUGUUCAGAGGGCUGCAUGCACGAUGUCAGGAUGUCGCACAACAUCUCCUCAAUCUCCUGGAGAAGCUGGUGCCUCAGAUAAGGGCUCACAUCUCCCCAGAACACAGUAAUAUUUAUUAUCCAAAUGCCUGGAGCAUCUUUAACCUGGUACGUGUGUAUCUCUCAGUUCUGCGUCCGCAGCUAUGGAGACCUCUAAUUUGCCCUGGAGAGGUGUAGGUUUCAGAUCAUCCCAGCCUAGGAAGCUAUUUGAGUACUAAGCCAAAGCAAAGGGAAAGGGUUAAUCAGAUCUUUAUUGGAAAAGUGUAGUCACUGAGAAAAAUAUUUGAAAAGAAAUGUAACUUGAGAUGAGAAAUUUCAGUCUAUGAGAAAGAGACGCUUUGUAGUUGUAAUACAGAACUACUUGUUCGAAAAGGGAGAAAGAAUGAAAGUGGUGGAGACCUGUGUUGCAGUUAUCAACUUGAACUUGUAACAACACCAAUUGAAACAGAGGACAGCCUGGUUCACAUGUCACAGUGAGGCAUACUGGGACCGUGUAAAUGUGCUGGUUGCUGGAGAGACCCAGAUCUGUGGAAUCAGUGCUGCUACAAAUGCUUUGAUUGUUAACCAAAACUCUUAAAAACAACUCCUCUCUCUCUCUCUCUCUCUGUGUGUGUGUGCAUUAAUUCAGAGAAGUAUUGGGUUUUAAGCCAAAUACAGAUUUAUUUAUUUAUUUAUUUAAAAAUAAGCUCUUCCCUUCUUUCCUUCCGUGGCGUGUUUAUUUGUCUCGAGCACUUUAUAAGUCUGUUUCCAUUUCAUCCAUUUUGCUACAGCAGCUCCUUCUUUGCCUGUAAAGGUCAAGAACUUAACCCAGAUGGUUUUGCUUCUAUUAGCAUAAUUGGUAUCUCCUCCUCUUGCAUUGGCAUAUGUGCAGAAAUGCCACCUGUUCCGUUUCAAGAGUUGUUUGCAUUUGCAGGCACUGUGCAGUUUCCCCAUGACUCGAGUUCCAGCUUUCAAUACUUUUAUUAAAAAAAAUAAUAAUCAAUAUAGGUUGUUGUUGUUUUAAAAAACAAUUUCCCAGUGUUAGUUUGCUAAUGUUAAGCAGUUCUUCCUUUUACUCUUCCUUUAGCAUUUAGCAUAUGCUACAGAACCCAGUAGUUCCAUAAUUUUAAUUUUAAUUUAUAACCCAGUACAUGCCAUUAGCAAGCUCCAGCCUUUCAUUUGAUAUAAAUGCUCAUUUAUUUUACUUUUUUCUCUUUCCCAUGGUUUUCUCCUUUAACCAUGGAAAUAAAACAGUUUUCCCUUGAUCAUUGAUAUCAUAACAUUUAUGAUACUUUGCCACUUACAUUUCCCUUCUAGAAAAUGUAUUUUUCUGCUGCCAGCUCUGACUAUUAUCGUCUCAGGUUUCCUGCAUGGUGUGUCAUUGUUUAGAGUUGCAUCUGAACCAGCUCACCUGCGAAGCACUUUUUUGCUCAGCCCAGAAAUUAACAACUUGAUUUUAUUUUGUUAAGGCUAUACCUGUUGCUCCCAAGAGUUUCAGAGCACUGAAGACGUAGAGAAACCUACUUAUCUAUGCUUUUUCUCUGCUUUUGAUGUGAAGGAAACGGCCAGUGAUGUUUACAAGCAUCUUAAGAUUGCAGUUCAGUAUCUUUCUGAGGUAUCACCUUCUCUUUCUUUCUAGGCUUGUAUGGAUGUAAGAGCAAGUUCUGUAUUCUGGCAGAAAAUGGAGCUAGCUGAGACUCUUACAGGGCAACCAAGGGUGCCAGAAUGGUUUUCUACACACCCCUCCCAUGAGAAUCGUGCUGAGCAUUUGGACAGACUUAUUCCAGAGGUGAGGUGGUUUGGGAGUUUUGGUGUGUUUAAACUGAGUAUCAUUUGUCACAUGUCUGCCCUAUCCUUCUUUGAGUUGCCAAGGGCAGUGUAUAUAUAGGAUUGAUUUCGCACACUCACACACUCCAAAUCUAAUGGUCAUUAUGGGUUGCUUUCUUAGCUGCCAAUUUUCUAAGACAAAGAUACUGUAGAAGUACUUGCUGUAUAUUGCUUAGAUUUACUGAAAUCUAUCUUGGUCCCCCCAAGUGGCAGACCUUCAGCUUUCUUGCAGGAACAAAUGUGCCUCUCUCUUCAGCAACUCUUAUCCUGUUCCCGUUUCCUAUUUAUCAUUUAUACAUUUGCAAACUGCUUUGUAAUCUUUGCCCUCAAAUGAUCCUGUCAUUGUUCAUCUUUCAGUCAUGUCUAGGGCCAUACAAUAAUCCUAUGGCAAAGGUGAGAUUUGAAACCAGACCUCUUAGGUCCAGGCUAAAUGUUACCUAGUGUUGGAGCACGUUUGUCUGUAAGUAAUCUUAAUGGAGUGCUUUAAUGUGGCCUCAGUCUCAAUGCUUUUGGAUUUUUAGCAGUGGACACUAGUCCAGGCGAUUAUGAACAAGCUGUUCCUCUAAGCUUCUGUCAAAUCUGCCAUUUCAUAGGAUUUGAGCUCAAGUGCAACUGCUUGUCUCUUGGGCCCUAACUCACAGGCACUAACUAAGAACUGUUUUGCAUGCAAUGUUAAACCAUAUUUAAACAGAAGCUAAUGUAGAAGGGACGCGGGUGGUGCUGUGGGUUAAACCACAGAGUCUAGGACUUGUAGAUCAGAAGGUCGGUGGUUCGAAUCCCCGCGACGGGAUGAGCUCCCGUUGCUCAGUCCCUGCUCCUGCCAACCUAGCAGUUUGAAAGCACGUCAAAGUGCAAGUAGAUAAAUAGGUACCGCUCCGGCGGGAAGGUAAAUGGCAUUUCCGUGCACUGCUCUGGUUCUCCAGAAGAGGCAUAGUCAUGCUGGCCACAUGACCCGGAAGCUGUACGUCGUUUAUCUUGCACAUAAACAACACAUAAAGUGCAAUAACAUAGACGGAAGUCCCAAUAAAUCAGUUCUUUCACAAAGACCAAAUAUCUGCUGGUUUCUGUUCCACAUAUGUUCAUAAAGUCCAAAUUGGAGCCUACUACAGUUCCACAGUGUUGACAAGGAUUUUCGGAAUAAUGCCUUGUUUUGCUCUCAUGGGCUUCAUCAGUGGUACAUGUUCAUAUGUAGUAUAUCAAAGUCAUGGAACUUGCACUCCUGGGCUUCAUCAUAUUCUAAGUAAUAUAAAUUAAUAUAAUGUCAUAAUUCAACGUAUUUUAACAAAUUAAAAUUGUAUAAACAAUUGUGCUAUAGAAGUACAUACCAUAUAUGAAGUAUCAAGAUAAUAGAACUUAGAACAGCGGUUUCUUCAGUGAACAACAACUGUUACAAUGUAAGAUUAUAUAGACAGGCGCAGCAUUGAUUUUAGUUACAGGUGACAGCAAUCUGCAGCUGUAAGCUUUUCUUCUUAAAGUGACCCCUUUAAAACAACAAAUGUAAAGCAAACUUUAUCCAUACACAGGUGUUAUACAUACAAGCAUUAGUAAUGACUCAUAGAAAGCAACUAUAAUCAAUUUCAGUAUUCAAACCUGAGGGAUGCAAAGAAUCAGGUAGGAAAAUAAAUCUAGUUUCUUUUUGCAUAAGAACUUUCUUUGCUCGUUUUACAGGUCCUAGAUAUACCCAAAUUACGAAAAAUGUCAUAUCUUCAUCUGAAUGUGACGCUGUACUAAAGGAGCGUCAAUGAAGCAGGAGUUGGGAAAGAGCAAAGCAAACACCUGUUUGCAUUAAACUAUAGGUUGGUUUUUUUAAAAAAAACAAACAAACAUUAAAGGGGCUUUAAUAUUUUAGGAGUAAUGUUUUCUCUUCACAUUCUGGUUCUGAUUUCGUGGUACUCUUGGCUUGAGUCCAUACCAGUGAAUCUCUGGUGCAGUAAUAAUACUUAUUAGUGCUGUGGUCCCCAGUCUUUUGCAGCAAACAUUUCCUGAACCUUGUAUGCUAUGUCCUGUUUGUUCUGUAAUAUCAACUUUUCUCAUCAUAAAUUGGUUUACUGUUUAGGGAUGAGAUGAAAACCAAUUUAUACAGAGCAAGUUAUGUACUCCUUUUUAUAUGUUUCUAAAUAUGCUGUUUUGAAAGGCAUCAGUUGACAUGCUUAGUGUUUUCUUUUUUUUUUUAAUGAGAACAACUACCAAAUCUGAAAAUAGAGUGCAAAUUGCAAAUACACAUAUUAGAUGCAGAGUCUGCAAAAUAAUGGUGAUAUAUAAUGAAACAAAUUUAUACACAAAUUGGCCAGUACAGACAUAAUCUUAGAGGGCAAGAAGAUAAUUUAUAUUGGUUAUCUUCCAGUCUCCUCUUCAGUCAAAUAUUUCUGUGACAGGAAUAGUAAGUGGAUCACUAGAAGUGUGACAUGAAGGAUCUUCUUGCUCUGCUCACUCACCUAGCCAGCAGUAUCUGGAAAGCUCAUUAACCGUUUUUGUUGUCCUUGGAUUUAGGAAGAGAGUUGUGGUUUGCAUGUUGUUCUCCUUUAGAAAUGGCAUGUAUAUUGUGCAUUUUGUUCGCUGACAGUUAAACUGAAGAUUGCUCUGCUUUAUUUGGAGACAUACCGUAUUUUUCGCCCUAUAGGACACACUUUUUCCCCUCCAAAAAUGAAGGGGAAAUGUGUGUGCGCCCUAUGGGGCGAAUGCAGGUUCGCUGAAGCCUGGAGAGCGAGAGGGCCGGUGCGCACCGACCCCUCUCGCUCUCCAGGCUUCAGGAAGCUCUGCGCAACCUCGGGAGACCGGCUCCGAGGGUUGCGCAGAGCUGCCUGCAGUCCCGGGCUCAGCGCAGCUCUGCGCGGCCACCGGGAGCCGGGCGCAAAGUCCCGCCCCGCUCCCGAUGGCCGGGCAGAGCUGCCUGCAGUCCCGGGAUCAGCGCAGCUCUGCAUGGCCACCGGGAGCCGGGCGCGAAGUCCCGCCCCGCUCCGGAUGGUCGCGCAGAGCUGCCUGCCGUCCCGGGAUCAGCGCAGCUCUGCAUGGCCACCGGGAGCCGGGCGCGAAGUCCCGCCCCGCUCCGGAUGGCCGCGGAGAGCUGCCUGCAGUCCCGGGAUCAGCGCACUUCUCCCCAUCGCCAGCCCCACAAGCUCGGGGGACAGCGGGGAGGCAGAGCGCGCCUUCCCGCUGUUCCCCGACCUAGUUCUUCCAGCCCCGCACCUGGGGGGGAAAUAAAUUUUUUUUUCUUUAUUUCCCCCCCAAAAAAACUAGGUGCGUCCUAUGGGCCGGAGCGUCCUAUGGGGCGCAAAAUACGGUACUUUGUUUUCGUUUUAUUCCGUAAUGUUGCAUGUUUACAUAUAGAUUUGCUUUAACCAGGCUUUGUUCCACAAAUCAUAAGUUGUCUAAUAGAUGAGAAAAUACACCAUGACUCCCCAACCCCUCCCUGAGCUUGCUUUGUUUUCCAGCUGUGCUUGCCUUAUGCCUCUUGUCUGGGGCGGGGUGGCUGAACAAACCAUGGUUAAGCAAAGUUUAUGGAUUUGGACAUGAUGCCAAACCAUAGUUAAAACAAACCAUGGUUCUAUGCCAACAACAAACCACAGCUUCACGUCAUGUUUUGUUGGCAACUCCCAUUAGCCUUUGGGCUGGAUUGAAUGUUCAAACCAUAGGUAGGCCAAACAAACUAUGGCUUAGUGUUUGCGCAAAACCGCUCAGUAUAGCUUAGAAUUCUUACAAACUCCUUAGGAUGUCAGAAAUUAUGAUUAGGCAAUUUUUGAUGAUGAUGAUGUGUAUACUAGCUUUCAUCCAAGACUGGUUCUCAGGAGGUUCAUAACAUGUCUGGUAUAGUAUGCUAAGGGUUGAGUCAGGCAUUUGAUGCUAAGGAGACUGUCGAUGAAGAAGUUCAGAUGAUCAGAAGAGAAGCUGACUCUGGAAUACAAAUGCAGCCUGCUAUGGAUUGCUUUGUACUCCAUCCAAAGUCCCAGUGGGUUCAGGAGCUGGCAUAGCUCCUCGAUAUCCAAGUGGCUGUUGUGACUGGGAAUGCCUUUGCCCAGCUUCAGCUGGUGCACAAGUUGCACCUCUUCCUGAAGUACCAACACCUCCCACAAGAACUGGCCCAACAGUUGCCAUUGAUAUUAGGCAGAUGCCUUAUUUUUUAGCAUGAGCUUCAAACAUCUUUGUUUAGGCAAGUCUACCCUAGUUUUUAAUUACCGUAUUUUUCGCUCUAUAAGACGCACCAGACCACAAGACGCACCUAGUUUUUGGAGGAGGAAAACAAGAAAAAAAAUAUUCUGAAUCUUAGAAGCCAGAACAGCAAGAGGGAUUGCUGCACAGUGAAAGCAGCAAUCCCUCUUGCUGUUCUGGCUACUGGGAUAGCUGCGCAGCCUGCAUUCGUUCUAUAAGAUGCACACACAUUUCCCCUUACUUUUUAGGAGGGAAAAAGUGAGUCUUAUAGAGCAAAAAAUACGGUAUUUGUUUUUAACUGUAAACUGCUUAGAGAUUUUGCUACAAUCAAGUGGUAUGCAACUUUUGUUGCAUAAGAAGAAGAAGCAGCAGCUGUGAUUGUCACCAAAAUUUCUGCUCUGUGUUCUGUUGCCAAGGGAGUACACUUGUCAAUGACACGAAACCAGGGCUUUUUCAGUGACAGUACCCUGGUUGUGGGACUCUCUCUUUGUAGUUCAGCUGGUCUUGCCUUUAUGUCUUUUAAGCAGACAGUCCGGACCUUUUUAUUCUGCCCAGCUUUUCAUGGUUCUUAAGUGGUUGUUAAUUUUUCUCUCUUGAUGCUUUUUUUUAUUGAUUUGUUUUUAAUAUUUUUUAUUGCUCUCACUUUAUUAUAGGGUACGGCAUGUGGCCUUAUGGACUGCUGGGAGGUGGAGUGAGUCUGGGGAAAGCAGAGAGAGAGAGAGAGAGAGAGAGAGAGAGAGAGAGAGAGAGAGAUUUAGUAGGGCCACAGUUGCUGCAUAUGCACAUCCCAGUAAACCAUGGUUAAUGGCUUGCUGUGAGCGUGCCAAUUGCUUUCACUUCAUUCUUUCCCUCUAGCAAGUGGGAGCAGCAGACCAUAGCCCUCUGCUUACUUUUAUACUUGAACCAAGGAUCAUGGUUUGUUGUUGUGCUCCUCACUUUCAUGACCAACAGUGGUCCCUGGUUUGCAAACGCAGCCAUGCGGCAACUUAACUUAAGCAUCCCCUGGUUUGUGACCACAAGGCAUGUGAUUCCUUCAUCAUCUUAAGUACCGUGCCUUCUUUCUACAAAUCUACUGAUCGAACAAUAUACAGUGGUACCUCGGAUUAAGUACUUAAUUCGUUCCGGAGGUCCGUUCUUAACCUGAAACUGUUUUUAACCCGAAGCACCACUUUAGCUAAUGGGGCCUCCUGCUGCCGCCACGCCGCCGGAGCAUGAUUUCUGUUCUCAUCCUGAAGCAAAGUUCUUAACCUGAAGCACUAUUUCUGGAUUAGCGGAGUCUGUAACCUGAAGCGUAUGUAACCCGAGGUACCACUGUAGCGUGAGAAGAAGAAAUACAGAAUUUCCUAGAGAUGACCUAAAGUAUUUCUCCCCCCCAACCCACCCACCCCCAUAUAUGAGAGGGGGAAAUCCCAGCUGUUUUCAAGCCUGUGGUAUUGGAGCCUUCCAGGAUUAAAAGCAAGUGCUGACUCUUAUUGAAAAGCUGUGUGAUCCAUUCUUCCUGCAAGGCUGACUGUUUUCAAAGCACUGACACAUUUAUGUAAAGAAAAGCCAUUCCGGCUUACCUUGAGCUGUGCAGCAAGAAGUGGAAAGGGGUUUUAAAUUGGGCAUGGGAAGGGAGGAACAUUGGUUUUCAGGGUGGUUGGGGAGAUAUUUUAAAAUGUAAGGUUAGGUUUCAGAGAUUUAGGAUCAGAAGGAAGUCAGAUGGGAAAUUUAACACAUGGAUAGUCAAAGGUAGAAAAUGCAGAGAACCAAUAAUUUUAAAUGCUCUUUUUGGGAUGACUUUAGGUUGCUGUUGGACCCAUGAGUAAAAAGCCCCCCCCCCCCCCGGUUAAGCAGCUGACAUUAAUGGCAUUAGGGAGGGGUUCCUAUGAAGACGUUCAUUGAGUUCUCAUUGUAUUAAUUUCAAAUUUGUCCAAAUAGUGUAUAUAACAUAAUUUCACUGCAGCUUUCAAGGAAACAUUUCCUCCUUAGAGUUGAUAAUGCAAAAUGUGCCAUUUAAAAAGAAAUUAAUUGAAAAUCCAGAGGAAUGCAUGCAUAACUGUCUGUGCUGCUACACGUGUCUGCAUGAGAGAGAUAGACAGGGGGAAUAGCAGAGAUAUAUUUCAGUUUUGUAUCUCUCAGUGGUAAGAUGAAGAUUUUCCAAACUGUGGAUUAUAGCUACUUAAAUUAUGAUGAGUGGAAUGUUGAAAGCAGCUAUAGUUGAUACUGAAGCCUAGGAAAUACUCUGUUGUGAGCUUAAAAACACAACAAAGCUUAUUUUUAUUUACUGUUCUCUUUCAUUUGAUGUCACUUUGUGAAUUCCAUUCUAAACUAAGUGUUCAGUGUUUGGGGAAAGAUUUUCAAAAGCAAAAAGUGGCAUUUACAUCUCAUUGAAUAUUGCUAUGUCGCGCCUGGGAAAUGCUGUCCCUUGGGUUUCAUUCACAUGCCGGCCUUUUAAAAGGUAAUUGUACUUCCUGGCUACCAAAUCCCUAAGUAGUUGCGGUGACUUUCCCCCCUACAUCCAUAAUUAAUGCAAUAGUGGCAUCUGCAUUGGGGGUCAUAAGAAUAUGUCACAGAACACAAUAUACUGAUUCUGUGGGGCUGCUGCCACGAGAUACUAGACAGUUGAACUUUCCAUAGGCAUGAUUUACAUGGUAGGACUUGCAUCUGUCAUUUUAGAAGUUCUCUCAAAUGCCACAGCUCUUUCUGCUAAGAAGCUCAGAUGGUGUAUGCAUGUGAUUGGGGACUUACCAGUGGGAAAGAAAUCGUUGCCUGGUCCCUAACAAAAAUGCUGUUCUACCUGGUAUUUGCUAACCCUUGUCUCAGGAUAGUUCUAGGUAUAUCAGGCAAUUCGCAUUGCUAUGUCCCUUUGCAUGCCCAUCCAGAUUAAAGGUCAUGAAGGCGCUGUGCUGAACCAUAUUAGGGUUUUGUUACAGAGGCAGGGAUAAAGACACACACAGCCUCAGCCCAGUCAUGUCUUUCCCCUUAAAUCCUCUGCAACACAAGCAAUACUGUGUGCUUGGUCAAGCAGCAUAGCCCGAUCACGUUUCCAAGUUACAUGUUGAUAAAAUCAUUUUGCCACUGGAAACACAGCUGAGGCCUCUCUAUCUUGUGACCAGGGACCACUUGUUCUGCUUUGAAUUGUGCCCUUCGAGGACUGACUCUCUUUUUUCUGGCAUGCCUCCUUGAACAUGCCAGUACAGGCAGAAAUUCAACCAGAGCAGCUUUUCCUAGCAGGCCUCUUUACCUUUUGUCUGGCUGCUUUCAUUGCAAGGGCUCCCAGCGACAGCAGCCCCUGGUGGGCAAUCUGGUUUUCCAAACCUCUUCCAUAGGUAUCCCCCAAACGUGACAAAAUCCUGCUCAGCAGCUUAUCUGGCAUUUAGCAUAAUGGUUAGAGCAUACAAUCAGGGCUUGUUCCAAAGCAGUGGUCAUUCCACUCUAGGGUAGCCAGGAUAACUUUAUGGAGCGCCCACCCACUUGCUAAAGGCCAUCGCUGCUGAGGCCUACGUAUCCCCCUUGGAUGUGGAGAUAUGAGCUCAAGUGGCUGCCCUGUAGAUUUUUUCCAGGGGGGUGCUCUUGUGGAAUGCAGCUGUGGUUGCCACCCCCCCCAACUGAGUUGGCAGGGAUCUGCAAGUGUGAGGUCUUAGCUUUGGCUCUGAGGCCCUGACCAUGCAGACGUUGGGCAGGACUAUGUCUUGAUCUCUGUGGAAACUGGUGUUAACCUUGAGUAUGACGUUGGGGUCUGGUUCCAGGAGCACUUGGUUGGGAUGAAAGGUGCAUAGCUUCUACUUGGCUGAAUUAAUAUGUGCUUUAAUGAGAUUGCCUGUGUUAUGACACAGUUUAAAACUUUAGAAUUUAAAACUACUCUCAGUUUAGCAUUAUGUGCAAACUAGGGAUUUUAGUUCUAAAUAAAGAGCUAUCAGUUAAGGCACCUUCAUACCCCCUGGUUUAAAGAUGACUUGUUUAGAAUACGCUGCAAGUCAGUGUCUGAUUUCUUGGUAGGAAACGUGUGAAUAAUUUUGGACAACAUGGAAGAAUAAAAGAAAUGCAGAUUGUACCUUUAGAGGAGAGAUUUUCCUCAAGACCACGAAAGGGGAGGGAAGUGUUAAAUACCCCCUCUGUAUUGGUGUGAUCCCUAAAAUAAUCACACAUACCCAAAUGCUAUCUGCCUGUUAAAAAACCUGCAUGUUAAACUCAAAGGCACUUCUUUAUUUAGGGGCCAGUGGUGUAAAUAGACUGUCCCUGUUUGACAGGAGUAGGACAUAAAGGUAAUCUUAAAACAAAACAACACAGUAUAAUUGUCCAAUGUUCUGAAUCACAAGUAUUUGCUAUAAAGUAUGCCCCAGGUUUUAGAUAAUUUAUGGAGAAGCUGCUUGCUCUGUACAAACAUCACUCAUUCUCAGUCCAGAUUUCACGUUGCUUGUGACACAGACAAACUCAAAGGUAAAUAUUUUACUAGCUGGUAUAAUUGAAUUGGCCUUGAAACUGCACGGGGCUAGAAAACCUAACAUUUUCAGAAUUGGAAGAAAAAAACACCCCUUUUCUUGGAUUAUACGAUGUGUACCUGCUGUACAGUAACGAACAGGCUGUCAACUAAAGAUUGCAUUUGUGAGAAUAUGUAUUUUCUCAGGAAACCUGUUAGAAGAGAAUGUGGCCACUUUUAUUUCUACUUCUAAAGCAUUCUUGUUCUAAAUUACCUGGCAAACCCUCUCAAAGCUGCAUAAUUUUAAAGCAGCUUGCCUUUCCAUAGUAUUUUCUUGUUUUUGUUUAAAAAAAUCUGAUAAAGUAGAUUACUUUGAGGACAGAAUUCACACUUUCCCAUGAGUUCUGUGGGUUUCCUUCCCUCAAGUGCUUUCUUGCUAUGAAUGAGACAUGAUAGAGCAAACGCCCAGAUGAUCUUCCGUGGUGCAUUCUAAGUAUAUUGCCGUGCACAAGUCAUUUGGCUGUGUUUUCUAAAUAAUAUCCAGUCUUUGCCUCAGGGGGAAAGAUGCGGAUAUUUUACAUGAGUGAGAAAGAGAAGUUCACCAUCACAUAAUAGGAACAAGCUACAUAAAGAAACUUCUGCCAUGAGCUCCCGUGGCUAAAGAAUUAAAUUGAAAAAUAUUGACUUAUAGGUCACUACUUUAGUAUACUUAAACAUACAAUAAAUUAAUGUGUUUUCACGCUAUCUAAAGCACAUUUCCCCCCAGGGUAUGGCCUUAGGCUACACUUAGUGAGUAACCCCCAUUGAACUAAAUAGAACCAAGUAAACAUGCAUGGGAUUGAAUUGCUAUUGUUAUUUCUGCCAUAUAUUCAUAUGAGGGGAUCUCUGCUGUUGCGGCACACCUUAGGUCACGCUGCCACCUAUUAGCAGGUCCUGACCCCACCAGUUGCAAAGCAGUGGCAUAUGUUGCCAGUAAUGCCAGCGCACUGCUGGCCUUAAGCAAAACAUCAGUAGCCAAGGAAGGGCACUCCCUUAAUGAGACUUAACUUUUCCCAUAGCGGUUGGAAAUUGCUGCAAAUAUCACUCUGUCUGGAGUGUGGCUGCAGGAGAGGCCAUGCUGAGCUCACCCCUCCCUCAGCCGUGCCUGUAGUCUUCAUCUUGUAUUUAAUGGAGUAUGAAUCAGUGUGGCGGGUGUUUAAUCAGCCACCUUUCGCCCCCUCUAACUGCUUGAUGUGGAAUAAGAAAGCAAAAGGAGGGGAAUCCACCUCCACGGGGUACGAAUGUUUUCUCUGAACCGUCUUGUGGCUCUUGAUGGUUUUCCUUCUACAUGCACCAGUGUUUUAGAUAAGUUAAAGCAGAGAAAGGGGAGAUAGACACUAUAUAGUUAAAAGAGAGAGGAGGGGGAGAAGCGUAGAGAUUUAAAAAUGCUAAAUUAGUUUAAAAGCGGAUUACAUUGCCCUUUUCAAGAUACAACCUAAAUCUUUAGAUUUCUACUUGGCUUGAAUAAUGCUGUUUGACAUUAAUGCAGUCUUGCAGUGGCUUCUGUUCAGCAAGAAGAACAAGAGGAAACUCUGCCAUUGCGAAUAUCUGUUAAGGAAUUGAUUGGUUGCUGAAGUGGAAACGGCUUGAUAUACAUCUUGUGAAUUUCUAUGGGCGAUAUUUGGAGGGCCAUCUGGAAAACAAAGUUACAUUUUUUAGAAGAAAAAUGUACUCGCAGCAGGGGAGGGAGGAGAUGGGAGCAUAGUAAAAAUAAAUAAACGAUGUCAGAGGGGUAUGUGAGACCCUCAGCUCAGAGUGGUUUUGGUGAUGAGUCAACUAUUCUUUUUCCACCUUUGGAUUGUGCAAAUAAAUAAAUUAAAAGUUGUUUGGCUGGAACUUGUUUUCAAAAGCUGGUGUUUGUUUUUUGGCUAGUUUUAGAAAAUAGCAUUUAUUUACAUACUAAAAAAAAAGGCAUUUUUUUGUGAGGAGAAAUAUGGCUUCAAUAGCCAGCUGUGUGAGGGAAGCUUUUUAUUCCUCUGUAUCUAGGGGAAGUCACACAGACACAAAAUGAUUCUAAAAUUUAAACUUAAAAUAAAAAUUGCUUCCUCACGCCAGCCAGAAUUGUCUGUGUACUUAACUAUGGCAACAGGAGAUGGUCUCUUUGUGUUCCAGUGAUGUGUAUUACAUGAGGGGUAGGCUGUGGCAUUGAGAGCAUGAUUGGUUUGUGUAAACAGGUGAUGUCUAAACUACAGUGAGGGUUUCUGCAAAAUGCCAGCAGAAGCUACCUAAGCUUGACCAUGAAUCUGUUGUGAAGGUGGGGCGAGUGGGUCUUUAUGGCAUUUGCUUGAUAAAGGCGCUCCACUUUUGCAACUCUCACCUACCCUUUGGUAGGCUGGCACCUACCCUUUUCUGCAGUGGCUCCCCGUUUGUGGAAUGCACUCCCCAGGGAGGCUCACCUGGUGCCUUCAUUACAUAUAUUACAUAUAUUGAGGUGAUAGGCAAAAACAUUCCAAUCUAUUGCCUUUUAAACUGUGUGUAGGGUUUUUUUAUUGUUUUGGUUUGUUGCUAUGUUAAGUAUUUUGUGUUUUUAUAUUGUAAAAUGUGAUCCUUGGAUGAAGGGCAGUAAGAAAUUUAACAUUUUUUUUUAAAAAAAUAAAAAAUAGCCACCACCUAAAGACUUAGUUAUGUGUCCUGGCUUUCAGUAAUAUCUGGCACCAAUAUGAAUGAUUUUUGGUUGACUGGUUGUGACUUACCUGCCUGGCUUUUAAUAACUGUGUUGUGAAUUUGAAACUCUUUUAGUAAGUAACCCUUCUGAAGUCGCUGUGCAGUGAAGUUGGGUAAGAAAUGUUUUGAAUGGGUUUUUUUUUAAAAAAAAAAAAAAGCUUGAUUGCACAGCAUGUAUUUAAGCCACUUUUGCAGCACCAUAGCUAAAUCAACUUUGAGUAAUGUUGCAGUGAUGCAAAUACGGUUUGAUGCUUGAGCAGAUGAUGAAACAUUCAGAUCCUUAUUUUUAACUCUGCACAGAUACACUGUGCCAACAGCAUGCCAGUCUGGACAAUUCCAGUUUGCCCAUCAUGUCAGUGCCAUUUAGAACAAUAUGGGAUAUCGUGAUAAGAAUUUCAUGACCAGCUUGACUUUUAAGGAACCAACUUAUUGGAAGCAUUUCUCUCUUUUUUUACUCUUAAAACAUUCAGCAUGCUUUCAUGCGCAGCCAAAAAAGGAAUUGCUUGAACUCAGCUGGAGGACAAGGAGAGGACAGAGGGUGAAGAAAGAGCUGUGAGUGGAGGGUGGACUUUUCCCAUCCUUCCAACCCCAUGGGAAAUUCAACAAACCUGCUGUGGUCCAUGCCCCCAGGGGUUCCAUGGAUGGGGUGGGAGGACCGGGCACAAAAAAUGAUUUCCCCAAUGCAAUAAAAUAAAUGCAUGCAAAAUUGUGUGCGUGCAUGGAUGCAUUUUCCUGGGAAGGGUUUCCAUCAGCUUUCAUCAGAUUCUCAAAGGGGGUCUGUGACUGCCUCCAAAAAAUGUUAACAACCACCGCUAUAGAGUCGUCUGCUAUAUAUAUAUGCCUGUAAUUUUAUAUUUUAAUUAGCUGAUUAUAAAUUAUUAAAGCUAUUCAAAUAAAGUUUUGUAAUUUAACACUGGCAUCAAACCAGUAUUCUUCUGGGUCAGAGAAGUAUUUUUUGGUCUACGAUGUGAUUACAUAUUAAUGACAUUGUUUCCCUCGGAGGCCUCUGUUUCAGUGGACACAGUGGAUUGGAUCCAGAGAAAAUGGGGCAGUAGGGAGCCAAAGAAAGCUGACUUCCCUGCCCCUUCUUCCUCCCCACCCCGCCAUCCCUAGCUCUCCACAAAGUCUCCCCUAAGGGUUGGGAGUCUUGCUGAAUUGGAAGGUAGCCUGGGCAGGAAGGGAGGCAGUCUUCAAAAUCAGACUGAGGCAGUAUGUUUAAGCAACCAGUAUUAAACUUUAUGCAGCCAAAAGGAUCCAGUGAACUCCCAAGUGCACAAACCCUGACCACUCGUUAAAUUGCUCUAUACUUCAUUAGUCUUUGCAUUGUAGCAAUCCUGGGAAGAAGCUCGUCAUUUCCAUUUUAAAAAAACUGGAGUUUGUUCUCCCACAUGGUAACUUUCUUUCUUUGGUCUUUUUGUUGUUGCCGCCGCAGGUAAUUAAAAUCAGGGAGAAAUGCAAUUGCCCAGCUUUGCCUGGACAGGAUCCACGCUUUGCUUUCAAACUGGCCAAGCAACAAAUUCUGCAAUCGUCUAAAAACGAGGGAGGCCUAAACCUCACUUACGAUGCUCUUUACAGAACAAAGGAGAAGACACACGCGGACAUAGUAGCUGGGAAAUAACUCUGCAGGUGAAGGCAGAAAUGCUUCAUGGAUUAACGUUAUCCAAAUUCUCAAGGCAAGUACUGUGCUUUUCAGGAAACUGCUUCAGAAAUUUGAAAUGGCCAGACGGACAGACAGUGCUAUUAAUUUAUGGCCACAGUGUUUGACAGUGAUGUGCCUCUGGAACCCGGCUCUUGAAUGGAUUUGCAGAAGAAUGCUUCACAUGCACAAGGAACACGAGGAGCAGUUUCCAUGAUGGAAGAGAACAGGAAACCUUUGUCUGCAUGGGGGUGGGGGUGGGGCGGUGUUCAGCAGUGCCCCAGAUGGCACUCGCAUACAUACUGCAUGUAUAACCAGGCUGUGAUAGCAAAUCCUCUUGUACACCGAAAUGUUAGUCUGACUGUCAGAACUAUGUUUUCCCCCAAUCAUGUUAUAAUCUCCUCCACACCCUGUUUCCCAAUGGAUGUUUCAAAGGGAUGUCCAGCUGAGUGUGGUGGGGAGGGCAGGGAGGGCUGCAUAUUGGAAAAAUGGAAACAUUGCUUCUGUCUAAAUGGCUAUCCAAGGGCAGUUCUUGCAAUGCAGUUUUAAGUUGUAUCCCCAGGCUCAAGUUGGAUACAAAUCUGUCCUUUUGUCGCAAAUAAUGAAAUAGUAUCCCUUACCUGUGUAAAUCCUCUUGAAUUUGUUGCAAGCUCAGUUAGUUUUGUCCAAUGAUAUUUAUAAAAUAUUGGUAAGAAUUCGCUGCCUUUUACAAGGAUCAAGAUGCAAUAAACUGACCAGUGGUCUGGUUCGAAUAUCACCUAAUUGGUUGACCUGCUGUUGGGAUUCCCUCUCUUUGUACUCUCUAAAAGACAGAUUGAGUCAACAUUUCACUUUGAAGCAAUCCCAAAGGACUGUGGAGUUAACCUUACAAUGUAAACAUGUUUGUAAGGCACAAGACAAAAUUUUAUUGGAUAAAAUGUGACAUACAGCACUAAGGAGUACGGUAG